AACAGCAGGUAGUUAAAACACAGGAACAGAAGGGAACAGAGUACAAAACAUGGUAGCAAAGACAAUGAUCCGGCGAUGAGUGUGACACAAACACAGGUAUAAAUACACAAAGACUAAUGACACACAGGUGGAAUGAAUGAGGUGAUAAUUAGCAAAUGUCCAGGUGAUGACAAUAUGGAACAGACACAAAACAUGACACGGAUCACCGUGACACUAGCUUUCUCUAUCCGUGUGUCUCAGGCUAUGUUUACACGUGGGCGGCUAUUUUCAUAAACGGACAUUUCAACCUCUCCGGUUUCAAAAAAACUUCGAGCACACAUGUCAGUUUUCAGAAAAGUGGUCAUUUACAAGUACCCGUGUAUAUUUGCCGUCAAGAGCAUGCCAAACAUGUAGGUGGCGGUGUAACGACAAGCUCAAGCCCACGUAAGCCAAUCAGAAUCACGAAAACAGCACCGAAUCACUUCCUCUUCCUCUUUUCAACAAGGAACAUCAUUCGUGUGGACUGACCAGGAAGUAGAGCUCCUGUUAAAUGUUACUUUAGAUUAAAAAACCACAAAAUUACAGGAGAACAUCGACUGGGAGACGUGCCAAAGUAAAUAUGCCGACAUACUAACCCUCUUUUUAGAGCAGUACCCCAACGCAUCUUCCGAUGAUUUUCCUCACCAAAAGGAGGACAUUACCCGCGCCGUUCUCACAACCAAGUUUAAGGCAGUUCAGGGGAAAUAAAGAGGUGCUGUGGACACAGGCCGUAGGUCUGGGCAUGGAAUAGUAGUCCUCCUGUAUUUUGAGAUGUGUGAGCAGGUAUGGGGUGGUUCGCCGGCCACCACCACUUUGCCCACCGGUGUCGAAACUAAUGACCUGGAGCCCUCGUCCCAAGCGUCGCGUCAAGGAUCGUCAACAUUGGAUGUCAUUGAUUCCAGCGUAGGAGUUGAAGGACAUGCUGAUGAUGGCAGCGUAGCACCACCAGUACAACCAGUGAAGGAGAGGAGAGAUCUUCUAAACGCCAACCUAAGAGGACACCGCCAGGAGCGUCUGAAUAAAAGGCUUUCAGCAGAGGCUCUGCAACAACAUGCUGUUGAAGAAGACCAGCGUAUUAAAAGACAACCCCUUAACAUCACUGAGGCCUCAGAAAAAAGAGCUGCUUACAACUUUUCUAAAGUUUCCACUACACUGGAUAGACUUACAACCUCAAUUGCUGAUGGAUUUUCUUUUCUGCGGGAAAGACUCCAUACACCAACAGUAGCACAGGCAGCACCACCACACUACACCACAGCACUAGCCCAGCAAGUUCAUGUGCCAUCACAACACUCAUAUCUGCCAAAUCAAAUACAUCAGGUAUUCCCACAAAACUCAUCAGGCAAUAGAACACACCACCACACACACAACAUAAUGCCCAUUACAACUAACACUGCAGAUUUGUCCUACAUACCUGUUGAAGGCCCAGGGCAUUUCUCAUACACCCACGCACUUUUCAAGAAAGAUUGAAUAUAUUACUGUUGAUUCUGCUGGCUACGGCUACUUUUUGAUAGUAAAAAAGCAAGUAUAAUAGGUUAUGUUUCAGCAUUUGCAAUAAUACUUUACAUAAAUUGCACUUUAAAGGGAAAAUAUAAAGGCUUGUCUAAUGUUUUGGCAGCUGCAAAAAGAGUUUACAAAAAUUGCACUUUUGUUGUUUAGUGUACCUUCAGAAUGUUUUUUUUUACCAUUGAGGUCAGUUGAAUUACGAAUUGAGUUCAUCUGAACACUGUUCCUAUGCCCUAUUUUUGAACAGUUACACCAUUUCUUUACUGUAAUGUGCUAUGUAACACACAUCUUAAAGCCUCUUGGAAAUGACACUGAAUGCUGUUUAAUUUAUUGUUUUUUAAUUUGUGUCAGUUAGAAGCAGUAAGCAGAACAGAGGCAUUUUAUUUGAACAGUGUUUGUUCUCUUUAAUGCUGUAUUGACAAACAAUUCUUGUGUGUGAUCAAAAUUAAACUGGUUCAAAGGCAUUCAGACUUGUGUGUGUAAUUCUAUAAGACUCACAUAGUGAGGUUUACUGGGGCAACUGUAACACCACUGUCCAUUUGUUACUGUAAACCUGGGCCACAAAAC